AACUUUCUAAUCAAUUAUUUUUUAUCCCUAUACUCCAAAAUUUUCUCCUAUAGAUAUAAUCCCCCUAAGGCCCUUCACUUCACAGUUCAGUUAAUGUUGCUUGGUGGAUUUGGGCACGAGAGACAACCAACUCUUUCUAACGACAUAAACGACUUUCCUUCUCGCAAUUUCUUAUCCGGAAAAAAUAAACUUCAAUUAUUCACCUUUUUUCUUCAUGUUCGUUCAUGAUCUUUCUCUUCAGCCUCGUUUUGAUUAUGCCGUAGUGUUUCUCCUUUCUAUAAUCUUCACACUUUUUCUCCCUUCUUCUUCCCUCCCCAUUCAUGCUUCCCUUUUAAUACUGUUCAAUUUCCUACUCUAUGCUGUCCAAUUUGGUUAUGUGCUAGCUAGUUUCCUCACUGAAUUAAUCACGCUGCAAUAAAGUUACCAAUCUACAUUAGAAGCAAAAAUAACAAAAUUCACGUAUCAUUGCCACAAACCCAUCAAGUUAAUCUAAAAAAAUAUUCAAGAAUGAAUUAUAUGUAUCAAGUGAAAGAAGAAUACUUAGAAUCAUCACCAUCAUCAUCAUAUCAAUUAGGUGGUGAAUUUCCAGCAAAGCCAAUUGAAGGACUUCAUGACACGGGACCCCCGCCAUUCCUGACCAAAACUUUUGAUGUUGUGGAUGAUCCUGUUACCAAUCAUGUAGUUUCUUGGAGCAGAGAUGGCACAAGCUUUGUGGUUUGGGAUCCAAAUACCUUCUCUACAAGUCUUCUUCCCAGAUACUUCAAGCACAACAAUUUCUCAAGCUUUGUCAGGCAACUAAACACUUAUGGUUUUAGAAAAAUUGAUCCAGACAAAUGGGAGUUUGCAAAUGAAGGAUUCAUCAGAGGGCACAGGCACUUGUUAAGAAACAUAAGGAGAAGGAAGGCACCUUCCCAACUAACACAAGGUCACCACUGUGUUGAGGUUGGACGUUUUGACUUAGACAAGGAGAUUGAUCGUUUGAGGCAUGACAAGCUGGUGUUGCUUAUGGAGCUUGUGAAUCUAAGAAAGCAGCAACAGAAAGCCAGAAUGUACAUUCAGGAGAUGGAGCAAAGGUUACAAGGGACAGAAAUCAAGCAGAAACAAAUGAUGGCAUUCUUAGCUAGAGCUAUAAAAAAUCCAACCUUCAUACACCAACUCCUUCAGAAAGAGAAGAGUAAGGAGCUUGAAGAAGCUUUCACCAAAAAGAGAAGGCAAAUUGAGCAAGGAGCUAGAGGGUUUGGAGAAUCAAGCAGUGUUAAAGUUGAGGCUUUAGAAUUUGGAGAUAGUGAAUUUGGAAUAUCAGAGUUGGAAAUGUUAGCUAGGGAAAUGCAAGGUUUUGGAAAGGGAGGGAUAGAUCGGGAGGUAGGACCUGAGGCACUAGAAUCACAAGAGAGGCUGGAUAGAGUACUUGAUGAAGAGUUUUGGGAAGAACUAUUGUUUAGUGAGAAAUUUGAGGGUCGAUUAGAUAUUCCAACUGCUGAAGAUAAAGAUGAAGAUGUUAUCAAAGUGUUGGCCAAUCAACUUGAUCUUUUGGAUUCAAGUCAUUAAGUGCCCCACUGAAUCAUUUAACCCUUUCCAUUCCGUUCACUACUAGGUUCAAGACUUCAAGACCUGCCAAAGUCAAUUAUAAAGGAGGCGCAUAUGGUGGAGUCAUAUUAUAUAAUGCUAUAAUCUUUGGUGUUUAUAAUUCUAGCUAACUCUAUUAUAUGUCCUUUUGUAGCACAUGGUGAAACCCCGGAUUCUCACUUCUCUCACUUCAAUAGUUUGAUGAGGUAGGUUGCUGCUGGUGCUUGGAUAAGAGUAUUUGGUAGUGAUAGCGAUCACUAUAUACGCCAAGGUUCAAUUUUUUAAACCCCCUUCAUGUACCUAUGUAUGUGUAGUUGAUAUGAAUCUGUCAAGGUCUAAUUAUUUCAAAAUAUCAGUAGUGCUAAUGCAUCAUAUCAACCCAGAUAUGUUAUUGAUUGUUGUAGGUAAUUUGUUUAUUACCUCAAUGAAUGUAGAAUGGACAAGAAGUAGCUGUUCUCGAACAAUAGUAACUGAAGAUCAAGAGCCACCUGGUGGUUAAGGUUGUCGGUUUGUUUUUUUAUCCCCUCCUAAAAUUUGUGUGUAUAUCCUUAGCCAUUUGGUCAGAAACUAGAGAGAGAGAGACCACAGUGGACUCUUUUAUGGAUGAUGUUACAUUAUAAGUACUAUGUACUUAGGUUUCAUUAUUAGUCACCACAUGUUAAUGGCUCAUUUCUCGUAAAAAAAAAAAAUCAUUUGCAGACUUCAA